AUGGACCCCCUGAGGCAGUCCCCCUCCCCCAGCUCGUCACGGGCCUCCAGCCCGAGGACCCUACCCUGCGAGAUGCUUGGUUACGUGGGCAUCGAGGCUGUGCUGGACCAACUGAAGAUCAAGGCCAUGAAGAUGGGAUUUGAGUUCAACAUCAUGGUCGUUGGACAGAGCGGGCUGGGCAAGUCCACCAUGGUGAACACACUCUUCAAGUCCAAGAUGUGCAAGUCCACCAUGCCGGGCCUGGGGGUGCCCACACCCCAGACGCUGCAGCUGCAGUCUGUGACCCACGUCAUCGAGGAGAGCGGCGUGAAGCUUAAGCUGACCGUGACCGACACGCCCGGCUUCGGGGACCAGAUCAACAACGACAAGUGCUGGGACCCCAUCCUGGGCUACAUCAGUGAGCAGUAUGAGAAGUACCUGCAGGAGGAGAUCCUCAUUACCCGGCAGAGACACAUCCCCGACACCCGAGUGCACUGCUGCGUGUACUUCGUGCCGCCCACCGGGCACUGCCUGCGGCCCCUGGACAUUGAGUUCCUGCAGCGGCUCUGCCGGACUGUGAACGUGGUGCCUGUGAUCGCCCGGGCCGACAGCCUGACCAUUGAGGAGCGAGAAGCCUUCAGGCACAGGAUCCAGGAAAACCUGAAGACUCACGGCAUAGAGGUGUAUCCACAGAAGUGCUUCGAUGAGGACAUCAAUGACAAGAUCCUCAACAGCAAGAUCCGGGAACGUAUCCCCUUCGCUGUGGUCGGGGCUGACCGAGAGCACAUUGUGAAUGGGAGGUGUGUCCUGGGCCGGAAGACAAAGUGGGGCAUCAUUGAAGUGGAGAACAUGGCUCACUGUGAGUUCCCCCUCCUGAGAGAUCUGCUCAUCCGCUCCCACCUCCAAGACCUGAAGGACAUCACACACAACGUCCACUAUGAGAACUACCGCAUCUUCAGACUGAAUGAAAGCCACGUGCUGCCCCGAGGGCCCGGCUGGGUGAACCUGGCCCCGGCCCCGGCCUCCGUCCCUGCCCCCGCUGGCCCCCAGGCCAGCCCCGGACCCCCAAAGGUCUGCUGGUGGGCGAAGGACAACUCAGAUGAGGAAUGCUGA